AUGGUCAUCCCAGCCAGAUUGGUACGGAAUUGGGACGCUAACAAACGCCCAGUCUGUCGGGCAACAAAACAAUUACUUGUAGCAAUAAUGAAUAAACCUUUAAUUGAUUUACCUAAAGAAAAUCCUUUACUUUUUAAAUUUGUUAAUAAUUUAAAUAAAAUUGGAAGGCUUAGAAAUGAUAUAAUGCUUAUGAAAUGUUAUUUUGUCAGUUGUAAGGUAUGCUCAAGUUUAUUUAAUUAA